CACGCCUUCCCUGCUGAACUGCCUCAUCAUGAGUGACCAACACCCCCCUGUUCAAUCCAUGGACUCGUCAGACGUCCCCAGCGACGCUCCCCCCGCGAAGAAACCCUGCAUGAUCGACACGCCACCCAUUGCCUUGACCCCGGCCGACGAUGGCAGCGAUUUCUACAACACCCCCCUGGCCGUCGGCAGUCCUGCAAGCGGCGGUGAUGUCAAGGAGCAGCUUGAUGCUGCUAUGAACGAUUCCGCCGUGCCGUCGCAUCCUCACCCUGCGAUCCCCGGAUUGAACCUGGUCAAUGACGACGAGCCUCACACAAUGAGCACCAGUGCUUCAGAAACCGCACCUGUGGACCAGAUUGCAGCAGGGGCUGUGCCGGAGAAGACGGAACAGACUGCAGAGGAGCCUGCGGGAGGCGCGGAAGCCAUGGAGGUUGAGCUGGCUGAGAAGCAAGAGACCCAAGAGUCGGUCGCAAACCCGACCGCGACCGAAGCCUCUGCACCGAGUGCCGCGGAGGACGCCCAGGAGGAGCAGGAAGACGAGCACCCCGAGUGGGAGGUCGACUCCUCUCCCUACGAAUCCUCUUCCGACGACUCUUCCACCGACUCUGAUGACUCCGACGACAGCGACGACGACUACCCCAUAUUGAGCGCCGAAGAACAAGCACGGAUCUUGAUGCAGGCGGAGCUGGGCGACGACGACGACGGCGAAGGCAAGGGCAAAUCAGGCGGCCAUAUCAGAACGGCGAACGAGAUCGACGACGAAGCUCCCCCCAUUCCCGAUAUCACCGUCACGCCCGAGAUGCGCAUUGUGCUGCUGGGCCACGUCGAGGCCAUCGUCGAGAACACCCUCCUGAUCACCGCAAACACCUCCGGAGAAUACCAAGUGCUCGAGUCAGGCUCCCUCUUGUGCCUGGAGAACCGCGCCAUUGCCGGUGUGAUCGCCGAGACCCUGGGACGAGUCGAGAACCCGCUGUAUGCCGUCCGCUACCCGACCGCCGAGGCCAUCACCGAGCGCGGUCUUUCCAAGGGCACCCAAGUCUACUACGUGCACGAGCACUCUACGUUCGUCUUCACCCAGCCCCUCAAGGGCAUGAAGGGAAGCGAUGCCUCCAACUUCCACGACGAGGAAAUCGCCGAGGACGAGGUCGAGUUCUCCGACGACGAGGCGGAGGCAGAGUACCGGCGUAAGCUGAAGCAGAAGCGCCAGGAGAAGAAGGACGCCCGGAACAACGACGGCAGUGCCCCAAGAGGCAAAAGAGGACCUCCGGGCCCGUCCAAACUCAACCAGAGCGAGCUCAACUACGACGACAACCCGGCGGAGGACGGCUACACCCCGUUGGCCCGCCCGAAGAACCUGCACGAGAUGAUGCGCACCCAGGAAGCCCCCGUUGAAGCCGACGGCGCCUCGGCCAGACACAACACCGGCUUCCGUGGUGGUAGAGGUCGCGGCCGAGGAUCCGAUCGUGGCCGGGGUGGCCAGGGCCGUGGUCGCGGCGGAGGCCCCGGAGGAAGAGAAUAUCACGAGCCGGCUUCGCACCAGCCCUACUACCAGCAGCACCAGGGACAGAGCUCUCAACCCCAGCCUCAACACCAACACCAACCUCAACACCCCUCCUACCCCCAGCAAGCGUACCAGCCCAACCAGCCUGGCUACGCCAUGCCCCAGCAGUUCCCCUUCGCAGCCUUCCAGCCGCAGCAGUCGCAGCAGCAGCCCCCGGCAUACGGACAGGGAGCCAUGCCCGCGCCGUUCAACUUCCAGAUGCCCUUUCAACAGCUCAACGCCUACCAUCAGAGCCCUCAAAACAUGCCCAUCAACCCGUUUCUCCUGGUCGCCCUCCAGCAGCAGCAGCAGCAGCAGCAGCAGCAGCAGCAACAGCAACAGCUACUUCAAGGCCAGCAAAUGCCCGGCCAGCAACAACAACCCCAACAACCCACUAUGAACUUCGACCAGGUCAAGGCGCAGCUGGACCUCCUGCGUCAUCUGAGCAACAACAGCAAUAACAACCAAGGCCCCCCUCACUCGUGAUCAAUACCGCAUAUACUGCUUUGAUUGGUUUCAUGUCUAUUUUUUUUUGGCUUGUUUUGGCUCCUUUGCUUCUAUCUAUCAGCUUUGAUGGUUCUGGGUACGGUUGCAUUCUAGGAGUAAAGCUUCGUUUUAGUCAUUCUAUUUCUUAUUUAUCUCAAUUUCUAUGUCGAGUUUGGAUCUGGAUUUGAAUUCGGGUAAUAAAAGUUUUUAUGCUUGUCUGCUUGCUUUAGACUGUUUGGUAAUUUUUUUUUCUAAUUGCUAUUGUUAGUUUCUGGUUGGAUUGGAUUGGAUUGGUUUGAAUUGUACAGUGUACAGACAGACGACAUACUACUAGGUUGAAUGGGGUGGAUAGGGUGGAUGGGAUGGAUGAGAUGGAUGGGAGGUCGAGAGAGG